GCCGCGGCGGCCGCUCGCGUAGGCUCUGGAAACUCCCAGGACGACUGACUUGUUCCUUCCAUCCUCCCGUUCCUCCCGGCGGCCAUGUUUGUGCCCUGCGCUGAGCCGGCGCCCGAGCUGGCGGGCUUCACGCUUCUGAUGCCAUCAGUAUCUGUUGGGAAUGUUGGUCAGCUUUCAAUAGACCUGAUUAUCUCCACACUGAAUAUGUUUAAGGUUGGUUACUUCUAUACGGAUUGCCUUGUACCAGUGGUUGGAAACAAUCCAUAUGCGACCACAGAAGGAAACUCAACAGAACUCAGUACAAAUGCUGAGGUGUAUUUAUUACCUUCAAAGAAGCUUGUGGCUCUUCAGCUAAGGUCUAUUUUUAUCAAGUAUAAAUCCAAGCCAUUCUGUGAAGAACUGCUGUCCUGGGUGAAAAGUAGUAACUGUGCCAGAGUUAUUGUCCUUUCAAGCAGUCAUUCAUGUCACCGUAAUGAUUCACAGCUUCGCAGUACUCCUUUUCGCUACCUACUUACACCUGCCCUGCAAAAAAGUGUUCAGAACAAAAUAAAGAAGCUUAACUGGGAGGAAAUGGAAAAAAGCCAGUGCAUUCCUGGAAUUGAGGAUUCUGACUUUUGUGUUCGUAUCCCUGGAGGAGGUAUCACAAAAACACUGUAUGAGGAAAGCUGUUCCAGAGAAACUCCAAUGGCAAUUCUUCUGAAAUUUGUUUCUGAAGGAGACAAUAUCCCAGAUGCAUUAGAUCUUGUUCAGUAUCUUAACGAAUGGCUUCAGAUCAUCAAACCAUGUAUUGAUAAGCCCACAGCUUCUGUCUUGCCAUGGAAAAUACCAAGUUCCUGGAGGUUACUGUUUGGCAGUGGUCUUCCUCCUGCACUUUUCUAAUCUGGUUCCAGUUUUACACCCCAUGUGUCUAUAUAAUUCAUCACCAAUACAACUGGUAAACAUUCUAGACAAAAUGUACUAUCUGAAAAUAUCUGAAGAAAUAAGUAUCUUUCAUAGAUAAUUCCAAAGAAGAAAUUAUAAACAAAAGGCCAUUUUGCCAUACUUCUCAUUAUCUAUAACAAAUGUAAGUUUUGUACAAUAAGUACUUAAAACGAUUUUGUCUGAAAUGUGUUUGUUUUGCUUUUUAACUCAGAUUCUGCAUUUUCUGUGACUGCUGUAACAAAUUUAAUGGCUUAAAACAAAUACAACUCUGUAUUAUACUUCUGAAAUCAGCCUGACUGGUUUAAAGUCAAGGUGUUAGGGAGGGAUGGUUUCUUCAGAAGUUCUAGGGAAGAAUCCAAUUCCUCGCUUAUUGUCAGCUGUGGUAUUUCUUGGCUGCCUGUUUUCUAUAUUAAAUGAAGAUACUUAAAAGCUUUUCAUUGAAAUGCAUUCCCUAAGUAUUUCUCAUUCCUGUGUACUAAUAUUUUUUUUUGACUCAGCUAUUUAGGUUGUCUUUGUUGCUAAUGAGUUUAUACAUUACCUUUACAAAGUGAAGGCAUGAGGAAGUCCCCUUCAUGGGACUGAAUAUGUUCAUUUGUCCCAUUACUCAGCACUUUUAAAACAAAGUGUUAACUCAAUUUCCAUGAUGUUUUCCCCCUUGGUGUUCUAGUAUUGAUUUCUAACUUUAUUUAGUCAUAUUCUUCAUUGCUUGUUGUUUCUUUGUUUACUAAAUCUUUAUGAUUUUCCUCUUUAUUUUGAUGGGGUUACUAAUUUCCUUUGAAAGUAUACUGUAAUUGAUUAAAUUCUUUGUAAUCUUAAAACCAUCUGUUCUAAACCUACUUGACUUCUACAUUUGAAAGUUCUGUAACGACAUUAUUCCCUCUAUUUACUUUGUAAUUUAAAAAUUAAAGAUUGACAUCCCUGGUUCCCUA